GGGGGAGCGGCGUCAGCAGAGCUUCCUCGGUGCGAAGCCCGGCUUCGAAUGGUUCGGUGAUUGUCAAGACGAAUUUGCCUCUCAGAACCUCGGCAACGCAGUCAAUCGCUAGAGCCACAGAUUGCCUGUCUGCCGAAUGAUUGCUUGAUUGAUUGAGGAAUAAUCAUGGGUUUGCAGGAGCUCUGGACCAUGCUGGGUCCUGGCCUCGCCGGGGCUGUCUUCGGAGGGGCGUGGUGGUUCUGGGUGGACGCCGUGGUGUGCAGCGACAUCCGAGUCCCCUUCCUCCAUUACCUCCCUGGAAUAUUCGCAACAAUUGCGGCAUUGAUGUUCAAUGGUGUGCGUAGAGAUGAGCUGACGGACUAUUCACCUUUUGAUGACAACGACGGCUGUCGGUCAAGAACGUGGCUGUUCCUAGCUUAUGUCAUUGCAUUUACCUCGUUGGCGGGCUCUGUGGGUAUGCUGGUGCAAGAUGCUUUGCUUCCUACCACUCCAUCUACAUGGACGGGCAUAGCUGGGGUCUUGCAAUGCUUUUUAUGCCUUUGCAGUGGCUUGAUGUAUUGGACUUCGAGGAUGUCGUCGGAUUAUUGAGGUGUUUCCCAGGUUAAGGCAUCUGUAAUAAUUUUAAAAGAGCUAUUCCGCUUGUUUUAUUUAUCAAGGAUUGAAGCGACCACUGGUUUUGUAUCUCACGAUUAUAGUCUUGCUGCUUAGUUGCAUAAUUUCCUGUCUUGUAAAAAAAUACAAACUGUAGAAUUCAGGACCCAUGGCAUUACUGCCAACCCCUUGUAAUAGAAUUGAUUCAUGUAUUCAAGGCUCACCCAUUUGAAGUUGGUUUCUCCUACUA